UAAGCGUUAGCCUUUCCCUUUACUCUCUUCAAUCAGAACUGUGGUUGUCGCGCUGGAUUUCUGCGAACUAAAUUGACAACGUUGGAAGAUCUAGUCUCCAAUCAAAUUCAUAUCAAGAAUCGAUAAGUUUCCAUAACAGAGUGCCCAUGGGCAACUAGGAAGUUAUCGAAUCUGAACUGGUUUCAUUUCGCUGUUUCUGGAGCAUCUCCCGUUUCCCAUCUCCCGCUUUGCCCGCCUUCAGAUCGCGGGUGGCCGGUGUGUCCGGGAGGGCGCUUGAGGAGCGAUGAGCGGGGCACUGCGUUCCGUGAGAAAGGGCAUAUCGUGUCCGUACCAGGACCCCAACUGUACUCGCAUCGUGGAGACACUUUCUUCCUGGAAUGAAUCGGUGGUUAAUACCUACCGUCUGGUGGACCUUCCACCCGCCACCACCUCAGUGGCCAAAGUACAAGAGACACGCCACGCUUUCCCAACAGUAGAUGUGCCUGACCAUGCUCACUACACUAUAGGGGUGGUCAUUCUGGCCAUUGGCAUCACAGGAAUGGUUGGAAACUUCCUGGUCAUCUAUGCUUUCAGCAGGAGCAGAUCUCUGCGGACUCCAGCAAACAUGUUCAUAAUAAACCUGGCCAUCACUGACUUGCUGAUGUGUGUCACCCAGGCACCUAUAUUCUUCACCACAAGCAUGCACAAAAGAUGGAUCUUCGGAGAAAAGGGUUGUGAGCUCUACGCGUUCUGUGGGGCUCUGUUUGGGAUCUGUUCCAUGAUCACUCUAACUGUGAUCGCUGUGGACCGCUACUUCGUCAUCACGCGCCCGCUGGCCUCCAUUGGUGUCAUGUCCCGUAAACGAGCCUUCCUCAUCCUUGUGGGCGCCUGGCUUUACUCCCUGGGCUGGAGCCUGCCUCCCUUCUUUGGCUGGAGUGCUUAUGUCCCCGAAGGCCUGUUGACCUCCUGCACGUGGGACUACGUGACCUUCACCCCCUCCGUGCGCGCCUACACCAUGCUGCUCUUCAUCUUCGUCUUCUUCAUCCCCCUCAUCAUCAUCAUGUACUGCUACGUUUUCAUCUUCAAGGCCAUACGCCACACCAACAAGGCUGUCUGCAAAGUGGGAGGCUCCAACGGGAGCAGCAGAGACUCCAUCAAGAGCUUCCGCCGUCUGAAGAACGAGUGGAAGAUGGCGAAGAUCGCUCUCAUCGUCAUCCUCCUCUACGUCAUCUCCUGGUCCCCCUACUCCAUCGUGGCCCUGACGGCCUUCGCAGGGUAUGCAGACAUUCUGACGCCCUACAUGAACUCAGUUCCUGCUGUGAUUGCCAAGGCUUCAGCCAUCCACAACCCCAUCAUCUACGCCAUCACCCACCCCAAGUACAGAUUAGCCCUGGCCAAGUACAUCCCGUGCCUGGGGGCCCUGUUGUGUGUGCGCCCCCGAGAGCUGCGCUCCUUCAGCAGUAGCUUCAUGUCCACACGGCGCUCCACAGUCACCAGCCAGACCUCGGACAUCAGCCACAACUUCAGACGCACCAGCACAGUCAAGUCCCGUCUCUCCUCUGUCUCUGACAGCGAAUCGCAGGGCUGGACAGACACCGAGGCGGAACUGACAGGUUCGGGCUCCAGGCCUGCUAGCCGUCAGGUAUCCUGUGAUAUCAGCAAGGACACGGCUGAGCUGCCUGAUUUCAAGCCCUCGGGCUCCUCCAGCUUCAAGUCCAAGAUCAGGAACCAUGACUCAGGCAUUUUUGAGAAGACCUCAUAUGACACAGAUAUGUCCAUGGUAGGUGUGGGCCAUUAUGAGCGAGGACAACCUCCAGCUAAUGCUGACUUGGAAGGAUCUGUGACAAGAGGAAUGAUUGGUCGGAUUCCCAGCAUUGUCAUCACAUCAGAGUCCAGCCCCUUCCUAGCUGUCCUUCGAGCCAGCUCCCGCUCCUCACGCACCCGAGCGUUCAACGGCAUCAUCGGGGCUGGGGAUGUCACUAUGGAGACAAUGGGGAGGGUUCAACAAGGUCCGACCCUACCUGCCAACGUCAUCGAUUCUGCUGCUCCAACCGUCUGAUUCCCUUCACCAGUAUUUAUUUGUAUUAUAUGUACGAGCGUAAAGUCAAGUCUAGUUGUGUUUUCAACUUUUCUAUGGGUCUUGGUCACCUUUAUGUUAAUGCUGUGUGUUUUAUUUUAUUUAGUUAGUUACCAAACAAGGAUGACAGGAAGUUGCCAAGUUUACUGGCUGAGUAAAUGGUGUUUUAUUUUAUUUGACUUUUAUCUUCUGAGGCUUUGAGUCAGGAAGUCCCAAACUCACACAAAGGUAAACUAUUUCAAACACUGUUCACAACCUAAAUCCUCUCCUGAUGUCUUAGAUGUUCAGGAAGCUGAAUGAGUUGGGUAGACAGAAAUGGUGCUGACUGUGUGUGUGUGUGUGUGUGUGUGUGUGUGUGUGUGUGUGUGUGUGAGCGUGUGAGCGUGUGUGAGCGUGUGUGAGCGUGUGUAUGCGUGUGUAUGCGUGUUUAUGUGUGUGUCUGUGUGUGUGUGUUUCUGUGGCAGCAUGGGCUUGACUCAAGAGAGCCACAGAGGGAUAUUGUACUGAUCUAUCUGGGCCAGGAGUCACAGAGGACAGGCAGUGGGGGUGGGAAAUGUCAAGUCCUCCAGGAUAUUGAUUCAAAUCCCCCUCUCUGACUGUAGGUGUCAACAGAGAGAGGGAAGUAAAAGG